AUGGACACCGAAGUGAUCAAGAUUCUCCUCGUAGGCGAUGAAAAGUGUGGCAAGACAACAUUCCUCUCACGGCUAAGCGCGGGCGAAAACGUCAACCCAAUCCCCCUGCUCCGCGACAUCGACCAGCCAUACAUCUUUGAGAUCAAGAGCGGGACCAGGCAGUACCGGUUCGAGUUCUUUGAUACGUCGAGCCCGGAUAACUGGAGGCUCCUAGACCCUGAUGCUAUUGUUAUUUGCUUCGAUAUCAGCCAGCGGCUGACUUUGAUCAACAUGCAGAGAUAUUGGAUCAACGAGGUCAAGAUGGCGUUCCAGAGGUUCGACACCCUGCCUCUCAUCAUCCUCGGGUUGAAGCGGGAUCUGAGGUCGGAGAAGGACCCCAAUGGGAUCAUCUACCCCCAGGAAGCGUACCAGGUGGCGCAGACCUUGAGGGCGGACCGGUACGUCGAGUGCUCGGCGGUGACGGGGGAGUUGUUGAAGCUGGCGUUUGAGGACUUGUGCAAGACGGCUGUGACACCGACGACAGGGCCAAACAGCCAGAGCGCGAGCACGUGUAUGAUACUGUGA